GCAGAGUUGUGCCCGGCCAGUCCCAGCUCUUCUCCACUCCACCCCACCUCCACACACUCCUCCCUCUACCUGCAUGCCUGUGCCAAGGACUGUGGGCCCAGCCUCCAUCAGACAUGUGCCAACCGAGCUCUAGGACCAAGUAGAGGAACCUGGUAACUUUGUCAGAUGGAGGCUUAAAGGUUUCAGCUACCUCUUGGCUCUUGGAAAGAUGGGGCCCUUCUGCCAGCCAGUGGGCAUCAUCAUCUGGAUCCUCCUGGUAUUUGCAGCCUCUGCCCUGGGGGGCAGUGACAGGGGCCGGAAGAAGAUUGUCCAUGUGCUAGAGGAUGAGUCGGGGGCUGUGGUGGUCCAGACAGCACCAGAGGUGGUGACACACCGAGGGGGAACCAUCGUCCUGCCCUGCCGCUAUCACUAUGAUCUCAGCCAUGACGAGGAUGAAAUCCGCCUCAAGUGGACCAAAGUGACUGACCCAUUGGCUUUCCGUGAUGUCUUUGUGGCCAUGGGCAAGGAGAGGCGGGCUUUUGGCAGCUACAGGGGUCGGAUCCUGCAGGAAGAUGGCCCUGGAGAUGCCUCCUUGAUUAUCCGAAAUGUCACACUGCAGGACUAUGGCCGUUACGAAUGUGAGGUCACCAAUGAGCUCGAAGAUGAUGCUGGCAUGGUCAGCUUGGACUUAGAAGGUGUGAUCUUCCCCUACCAUCCCCGGCUGGGUCGCUACACGCUGACUUACCCUGAAGCGCAGCGGGCGUGCGCUGAGCAGGAUGGCAUCCUAGCCUCCUAUGAGCAGCUGCACGCAGCGUGGCGGGAGGGCCUAGACUGGUGCAACGCGGGCUGGCUGCAGGACGGCUCCGUGCAGUACCCCGUGGGUCAGCCACGGGAAGAGUGCGGCCGCCGGGAGUCUCCCGUGGGCGUGCGCAACUACGGCUACCGCCACAAGGAGGAUGAGCGCUACGAUGCCUUCUGUUUCACGUCCAAUCUGCAGGGUCAAGUAUUCUUCCUGAAGCCCUACCGCAAGGUGAGCUUCCCUGAGGCGGUGAGGGCCUGUGCCGGCAGUGGCGCUGCAGUGGCCAAGGUGGGCCAGCUGUAUGCCGCCUGGAAGCUGCAGUUGCUGGACCGCUGCGAGGCUGGCUGGUUGGGAGACGGCAGCGUGCGUUACCCCAUUGUCAACCCCCGGGCUCGCUGCGGAGGCCAGCGGCCGGGAGUGCGCAACCUCGGUUUCCCGGACAAGAAACAUCGCCUUUUUGGUGUCUACUGCUACCGAGCGCCGGGCUCCCGGGACCCAGGAGCAGCGCGUUGGGGCUGGGGCUGGCGGGACCCAAGCGCCUGGAGACCCCUGCACGUCUAACUGGGGGGAAGGUCCAGGAAGGGGCUCCCUCAGCGGUCACCAAGGGGUUUGGCAUUUGCCAUGCCCCCAGAGAGGGACUUCGAUGUGCCUCUUCAGGGACCAGCAUCUGCUACUUCCCCUGGAGUGGAAGGAGUUUUCUAAGAUGUUGCCAUGGGGACCAGCAUCUGAUCGGGUUUUCUCCCCCAUCUCCCGGCCAGAGGGAUUUCUGGGUGUCACCAUGGAGAUCAACAUCCACUCCAUUCUCCUCAGCAAGGGCAUUUUUUAGGCAUGGGGACUAGCAUCUGUCCUGCCCCUAGGGAAGGAACUUUGGCCUCUGCCCCUCCUCCUGGGGGAGGGAGGUAUGAUGUUUGGAGACUUCAACCAGAAGACCAAUCUGCCCCGCCCCUUUGUGGAAGGAUUAGUCCUGUCCCCGCCUCUGGAAGGGGAAGGGGUCCUCUAGCAGUCGCUAUGGUGAUCAGGGCUGUGGGUCCUCAGAGCUGUUUCUAUGGUGACUGACCUUUGCCCCACCCCCCUGAAGGAAUACUUCUGCUGUUGCCAUAGUGACUGGCUCCUCCCUCCACCAGUCAUUACGGUGACUGACCUCUUCUUAGCCACCCAGUCAUCUCUGUGGGAACUGAUACCUCAGCCUCCAGGUGGCAUCCUUUGCGCCCGACUCCGCAGGCGGCCUCGGGACGUUUACAAUAAACAAAACAGAACGCCUGGUUUCCCGGGACCCAAAAACCGCUUUCCUCUCCCCUUCUCCUUUUCCUCUGAACUUCCUACAGGGACAGGACAUCAGCAAAGCCAUAGGAGCACUGGAUUUGGAGCAAAGGACCAUGCUCUGACACUAUCUGUGUGACCUUGGGCAAGUCACAAGUCAUGUGACUUCUCUGGGUAACUCCGCAGUUUCUUCAUCCCUAAAAUGAAAGAUUUGGACUAGAUGACCUCUAAGACUCCUUCCAGUUCCAAAUGUGUGAUCUUAUGACUGGGAGGCAAGAGGCUUGCAUGAACCAGUCCCUUGUCCCCACUGCCCCCAGGGGUUACCUGGGGAGGAGAAGAUCUUCCCCUUCCAGGACCUCAUCCUGCUUGUCUAGCCCUCUUGCCCCAAAUAAAAGUGCAGGUCCAACCCA